AUGGGAACCGAGCGCCGGGAACCAUUUCGGCGGCGAGAUCGGCUCGCACUAAGCCUGGCACGCGCUGCCAGCAGCGCCGACCUCUCCGAAGCCGACCGAGGAGCGGGAAGAAGACAACGACACGCCCGCCGGUGCGCGGCCCGCGCUCCGCCCCUCCUCAGGUACGGUUUCGUGGAGUUCGAGGACUCCCGCGACGCCGACGACGCCGUUUACGAGCUGAACAGCAAGGAGCUGUGCGGCGAGCGCGUGAUCGUAGAACACGCCCGGGGCCCGCGCCGCGACCGCGAUGGCUACAGCUACGGAAGCCGCAGUGGUGGAGGUGGAUACAGCAGUCGGAGAACUUCUGGCAGAGACAAAUAUGGACCACCUGUUCGUACAGAAUACAGGCUUAUUGUAGAAAAUUUGUCUAGUCGUUGCAGUUGGCAAGACUUAAAGGAUUUCAUGCGGCAAGCAGGAGAGGUGACUUAUGCAGAUGCGCACAAAGAACGCACAAAUGAGGGUGUAAUUGAAUUUAGAUCCUACUCUGACAUGAAGCGUGCUUUGGAUAAACUGGAUGGCACAGAAAUAAAUGGCAGAAAUAUUAGGCUUAUUGAAGAUAAGCCACGAACAAGCCAUAGGCGCUCUUACUCUGGAAGUAGAUCCAGAUCACGCUCUAGAAGAAGGUCACGGAGUAGGAGUCGCAGGAGCAGCCGCAGUAGAUCUCGAAGUAUCUCAAAAAGUCGCUCCCGAUCUAGGUCGCGGAGCAAAGGUCGAUCCCGAUCCCGCUCAAAAGGCAGGAAAUCCAGAUCAAAGAGCAAAUCUAAGCCCAAGUCUGAUCGGGGUUCCCACUCACAUUCAAGAAGCAGAUCUAAGGAUGAGUAUGGGAAGUCCCGAAGUAGGUCACGUUCUCGGUCCCCCAAAGAAAAUGGAAAAGGAGAUAUAAAGUCAAAAUCCAGAUCCCGGAGCCAGUCUCGAUCCCAUUCACCUCUGCCUGCUCCACCUUCAAAGACCCGUUCUGUGUCCCCUCCACCAAAAAGAGCUUCCAGGUCCCGUUCUAGAUCUCGUUCAAGGUCCAGAUCAAGUUCCAGAGAUUAACCCUGAACUCUACGUUCUUUGCACACUAUUAAUGGAACACUUUCCUACUUGCUUAGGCAGUUACUCUUCCGAGUUUGUACUUGGCCUCUUCUUCAAGAGGAUUUCCUGAAAAGGGAACACAGGAAUUUAAUUUGUGGCCAAAUUUAAUGAGAAAAAGAUGAGGUUUUAAAGUGGUAGUAUGAAGCCCUGUCCCUUCUUUGUAGAAUUAAGAUAAUUUUGAUUUUAUAGCCUUUGAGCCUAAAAUAACUUUUGUAAAGAUUAAGCUCAUUUAGAUUUUUUUUUUAAAAAAAUAUUGCAGCAGAAUCUGCUGCAGGGUUCUGUUGUUUUGUUUGCUUAUUUUUAAAUUAACUGUUUCAAGCUUUGGAUACUGCAGGCUUUACAGGGAGAACCCAAAUUUUCAAUUAUGUUGGCUUUUUAUAAAGCUUGAGUUAUGUAAGAUUUAAAUAAAAGUUUGCUACCAAGAUGAUUGCCUUAUUGAAUAGGUCACUACUUAGGGCCCUGUAAGUGUUGAUACCUGCCAUUUAUGGAGACAGUGUAAGUUUCACUGAAGUGUAAAAACAAGGCAAGCCUCAGACCAGCAAUAAAUUAAUCAGUUUGGAUAACCUUAUUUUGUGCUGUUAAUUAAAUCUACCAAAGUCUUUUUCUGCCCCUUUAACCAGUUGAGUUAAAAGUAAAAAGGACUUUGUAGUUAGUGUCACAAGAUUUUGUCCAAUUAAUAGGUUUUUAAAGAAACUAAAGGAUUACAAAUGAACUCUUCAAGAAGUAGGUCCUAGUACUUGGGAUCUUGUUAUCCUGUGUUCUGGAAGUGGUCAGUGUAAUUAGUGAUAGUGUAUGGUUUGGUGGUCUCUAAUAUUUUGAAAACAGAAGUAGCCUUUCUUUGAUUAGAAAUUUAGUUAUCUUAUUCAAAGUGGGAAAAGCACAUAAUGCUGCAUUUUCUGCUGAAAGUUGCUUAUAUGUAACAGGUGCUUAGCAGACUACUUGGUAAGAUAUUUGCUGGUUAUAACUUCCCAACAAUCAGUCCCAUUGUCUUAGUGGGGCUUUUGUGG